AUGGGAGCGGGGUAUCCGGUUGCUCAAUCCGAUCCGGAAAGCACCGUGGUCCAGAGGGCCAUGUAUCUGUUCGAAAAUGGAUUCGGAAACUAUCAUUUGGUUAAGAAUAACUGCGAGGAUUUUGCUUUGUACCGUAGAACAGGGAUUUUGAUAAUCGAUGACAAGGGAGCGGGAAGGAGUGGUCAAAUAGCUACUCUUUUGUCAGUGUUUCCUGAGUUAUCAGCAACACUUUAUCCUUCUUCCAAGGGAACGUUUUCCGAGCGAGUUCGUAAGUUUAGCAAGGGUAGUUAUGCCAAUGACGUUGGUGUUCGAGAAGAUGUUAUUAAGGUGCCGGUCGAGGACAUGGACAAGUUCCAUCGGGGAUCAUUUUGA